AUGUGCAUAUGUGUGUCCAUUGAUUACAUUUCUUUUCAUACCAGGGCCAAUCCCAUUCCCAGCUCGCCGCGUGUGGACGGGAAGAGGCGGCGCCAUUCUGUGCCGCUGGCCGGCCCGGUGUCCAAGGUGCUUGGCGAUGACAACCUCCUCAUCGAGAUCCUCGUCCGCCUCCCUCCGAAGCCGUCCAUGUUCCCCCGUGUGUCUGUCGUAUGCAAGCGCUGGGGCAGCAUCUUCCUCAAACGCUUCCGCAAGCACCACCGGAAACCUCCUCUGCUCGGCUUCUUCAGAGGGUAUGCUAAAAACUUCAUUCCUGCCAUGGACUCACCUGACCGCAUCCCCGCUGCCCGCUUCUCCCUCCCCAAGAGCAGAAUACCCUACCACGAAGAUGAAGCAUACAUGGGUUGCCGACAUGGCCUCUCUCUCCUAAUCAACAUUCAUAAGGGCGAGACCGUCAUGUGGGAUCCCCUCACCGGUGAGGAGCGCAUCGUGGCUUUUCCACCAGGGUUCAACAGUACCUUAAUGGGGAGUUACUGUGGCUGGCAUGGCACUGUAUUGUGCGUCGAUGCCGAAGAUGGGCAUGUCCACGGAGAUUGUUUCUCGAGCCCGUUUAAAUUGGUUUUGGUUUGCGCUGAGUACAAUACACCGGCAUUUUGUUCUGUCUACGACUCGGCGUCUGGUGUUUGGGGAGAUAUUUUCUCGACGAUGACGAUGACAGCUGGAAUGUCUAGGUUAAGAAAGCCCAGCACCCUUGUCGGGAAUGCACUUUGCUUGUUGAUUUCUGGAGGUGAUGUCCUUAUGUUUGAUUUCGAAAUGCAAAGCCUUGGUCUGAUCGAAAAGCCGGUAGAAAACCAUGGUACCGACGACUGGUAUUUUCAGCUCUUACGGAUGGAGAAUGAUGGACUAGGCCUUGCUAUUUUGUUGGACCUGACUAUCAAAUUAUGGGAGAGGAAAUCUAACAGCGAUGGUGUUUUCGAAUGGGUGCUGCUGCAGAAAACCAUUCCACUCGACGGUACAGUUCCAAGGAGAAUGGAUUCUGCACUUUUCGUCGGGUAUGAUGAGGACGCAAAUGUGAUUGUUCUCACUACUAUAACUGGCAACUUCACACUCCAAGUUGACUCGAUGCAGAUCAAACAUAUUGUUAAAAGAAACAACAUAUGUCUUGACACCUUUUAUCCCUACAGGAAUUUCUAUACUGCAGGCAGGGGAGUUGGGAGGAACUUUGAACACACUAGAUCUGCUAACAUGCUAUCUUGGUCAAACAACAUUGGUAUUAAGAUUUAAGAGUUAAAGUCGGGUUGCUGAGAUGCCAGCCAUGGCUAGUUGGUGUAGUGAAGUACUUCAAACUGUGUGUCUGUAGUUUCUUGUAUUAUGUAUGCCGGUGGCAUGCGAUGUGGUUGAUGCUGAGAUUGCUCUUCUAUGUACCUGACUUGUCGUGUGAAGUCUUGUAUAUUUUUAUCUGAGACCAGCAGACAUUAGUCAAGUUGCAUGCCUGGUUAGCGACUCGUGGAGUUGCUUGGGUUGAUGCUUGACUCUGUGAUGUAAGGUGGAUGGGAUAAAGCAGGUUACAGAGUUGGUUGCUGAAUCCCAGCUACAGCCAGCAGUUGGGAUAAAGCAAAUCACAGCCUGCAACCCCAUUCACAGACUUGACUCCAAUUCAGCUACGCCCCCUGCUAUCUGAACUUCUUCAGGCAUUUCAGACUUGCUCCUUCCCUGAACCCUGAUGCAUCAGUACUGCUUACAGUCUGU